AUGAAGGGAAAGGGCGAAGAGAAAAACGAUCACUUUCAGAGCAGGUUCUACGAUAUAAAACAGGGUAAAGCUUCAAAUGGAACUGAUGAUUACCCAUACAGCUGGUCAGUAGAACCAUGGCAUCCUCCAACACAAAAGUAUAAGAGAGCGAAGGUGUGCAAGAACUUGGAUGGCACACUACAUGAGAACAUCGUAUGCCCUGUCAAUGUCACUGAAAUGCCCUUGAAGAGCCUUCCUGAUAUUCAAAGCACCGACUACGCCAUUGACCUUCUCAAGCAGUUUGCCUCAAGGUCACCAGCUUCCCCACCAUCUCGCAAGUCUACCAUGAAAGAGAAUGGUUCCUGUAUUUCUAAGGACCCUUCCCAGCCAUUCUUUUUAGGUGUUGGGUACCAUAAACCUCACAUACCUUUCAAGUAUCCUCAGGAGUACCAGGCUUUGUACCCUCUGGAAGAGGUGGAGAUUGCCUCUAACCCUGACCUGCCUCCUAAGCUACCACCCGUGGCAUUCGAGCCCUAUUUAAGCCUGAUGGAACGGGAAGACAUUGGUGCCCUCAAUAUCAGUUUUCCCUACGGUCCUAUACCUAGACCUUAUCAUUACCUACUGCGACAGAGUUACUACGCAGCUGCCACCUACACAGAUUUCCAGAUAGGAAGGUUACUUCAUGGCUUAGAAGAAAAUGGCUUUGCAAAUAAUACAAUAAUUGUAUUUGUUGGAGAUCAUGGAUGGCAGCUGGGUGAGCAUUCAGAAUGGUGUAAGUUCUCAAACUUUGAACUGGCCACACGGGUUCCGCUUAUGGUUCAUGUACCAGGAGUUGCAGAUAAACAAAUGACAAAGAAGUUUCCUCUGAGGAAUAUACUCGACAACAAGACGUUACGCGAAACAAGGUAUUCUCAUGGUCUGAAAGGGGGUAAAGUUGUGAAAGAAUUUGUUGAGUUGGUAGAUAUGUUCCCCUCUCUUGCAGAAUUAGCGGGACUUCCAGUCCCAAAUACUUGCCCUCCAAAUCCAUUUAAGGUUGAUUUUUGCACAGAAGGGGUAAGCUUUGCACCCCUCAUAAUGGGAGAUUUGUCAAGGAAAGGGAGUCCUUACACCCGAUGGAAGAAUGCUACCUUCAGUCAAUACCCAAGACCAGGGGAUGUGCCAACAUACCAGUCUGACCUCCCCCAUCUAGUCAACAUCACCAUAAUGGGUUAUUCCAUGCGCACUGUGGACUACCAUUUCACAGAGUGGAUUGGAUUCAACCAUUCAACUUUUCAGGGAGAUUGGGAGGAUGUUCAUGCGAGGGAGCUUUAUGUGUUGGCAACAGAUCCGCUUGAAAAUGACAACGUUGCAGACAAUUCAGACUUUUCUGACUUAGUCCAAGAUUUACACACAAGGCUCAAACGUGGAUGGAGGGAUUCUUUACCACUUUAACCACUUCACCUCAUCUCCUGUGAUGAAAGCAUAUUUGGUAAGAAUUGAAGAGUACAAUAGACAACCAUACAGGCCUUAAUUCUCAAAGGUGGGUCAGGGGUUGUAUUUGGUCCAUGGGCCAACAAUGAUGGGCCAACAAAUCCUGGGUGUUAAUUUAGCCCAAGGAGCAUUUAACAAAGGAUGCACAACCCAAGAGGGCUAUCUUUUAGCCCCUGCACGCCUAUAUCCGUUGGCGCAUGGGCUAAAUCAUGAACUGAAGGUUGCGCCUUAUACAUACAUGUAUAUUAGUGGUGCAAGUUAGGUGCCAUGUUCGAAUUUUGUUCGGUUUGGCAGGGUUUGACAUUCUUACCCCCUAACUCUGGUCAGGGUUUGGCAAUGAUAAUAAUAAGAUGCAACAUUUAUAUAGCGUUGAAUACAAAUGUUUCUAAGCGGUGUAUACUAUUACCCCGUCUUUAGCACGGCUGCCCUGAUCAGACGCGCGAGCAUUCAACAGGGACGCCACUUUUCCGUCUUUAUACGGAAUUCCGGCUUUUCCUGUUUUCUGUGUAUUAAAAAAAAUUGGAAAGUCCUCCUUUUCCCCUCUCUCUUUCGAUUGCGAUCGACCGAGUGAGAGAUAUUUCCCUGAGAUAUUUGGUAUUAUACAGUACAUAAUUUAUAAACAUGUGCACUACCCACUACGUUCAUUGAGUUAUGCUUUUAUCAAGGCUUUCUGAUUAGAAUUCUCGAUAUCCUGGCCAAUCAAUGUGAGCGACAAGUUCCGAACGCACGCACAUACAUGUAGACAAGCACAAAGCAGCGGCACGAAUUGCGAUAUAUAGCGACUGGUAAAUACGUCUGUAAGGAUGAUGACGUCAUCCAAGAUGGCAACUUACGAUGACCAAUGAAAGGAUCGAGGAUGACCAUGUUUUGAUCAUCAUUUGAAAGGAAUUAGCGGUAACUGCGGUCUAAGGUACGAUGUUUCUGAAUUUUAUACAUUUUCUCGUAAAUUUGGAUGUAAUUAUUUUUUUAUAAUGUGACAUUUUAUGUACAAAAAACGAUCUGAAAAUCGGGUUUCCGCCGAAUGUGAGAUCUAACAUUACUGCUGAUACGUUGUCUUCACGCACGGGCGAACAACUCCUCAGUUUAUGUAUUGGUGAGUGGAGCCAAUGCGUAUCAGCGGAACAACCAAAAUACAGAGACUGAAGCUUAUGGUCUAGCAUUCUAGGAGCAAAACACAACAACUACCGUCAGUUUUUCAAACCUUGACUUCAAAGUCAUUGAUCACAACCAGGUAAGAAGCCACUUGGUCCUGUCCCCCCUAAAUUUGAGGUGGGAGACGGACCCCCCUCCCCUUUUUUUUUUUGCUUGUCCAAUUUUUUUACCUGUGUCCAUCCCAAAAUUUCAGGUGGACCCCCCCCCCUAAAUUUGCCCCAAUUCACUAUUCUUGGACACUAAGUUUCAGUAUUUUUGGAGGACACCUAGUGGUAUCCCUGAUUCAAGAAAUUCUUUCCUACAUGGUAACCAUUUACUACACCUUGGUGGAGAGUGGCAGAUGCAGAUAAACACUUUGACAAAGGAGGCGAGUGUUGCGAUUGGAUUUGAACUCCGGACCUUGUGGUUCAAAGUCCAGAGAGUUAUCCACUGAGCCACAACACCUCUAUGCAUGACUAAACAAAUUAUGAAAUAACAAAUAAGAUUCUUAGCACCGAGCAACCUAAGCAUUUAUUGUGACAAGUGUCAAUAAUGGAUAUAUAAAGUAUCUUUGUUUUCUUUUUGGAACAAAAAUAAAAAUGAUCCCUUUGUUCAUUUUCAAUUAAAUAACAUUUCCAAAGGAAAAAAAUGAAAGUAGAGAAUGAGGGUAGAAAGAGAAAAGAACAGAAUGAAUAUUCUAUCAUUAUUUUAUCCAGAUAUGACUAAGAUUGAUUAAAUUGUCAUAGCAAAGCAAUGCAGCUACCCCAAUCAGAAAUGUGAUCUGUAAAGUUGUAACGUGAGACAACCUCCAAAUUCAUAUUCCACUCAUAUGACAUGUUCUCCAAAGCCCAUAUUUUCUUGAAAGUGGUUUCAUCUUGUUAUUUGCAACUAUAAAAAAGAUAGCUUAUCAAUUCCUUUUUGAUCCUGUAAGAUUGAUGCCAAGUGCUUUCAAGCACAUUACAAACACAGAAAGAAGUACAUGGGACUGUAGUGUUGUUGAUAUGCCACACAUGUGGCAUCAAUCGUUGGGUAACAAAGAUCACAUUAUAAUAUAAAUUCUCUGAACUCUCAAAAAUUAUUCAAAACUGAAUCAGGAAAUAACAAAAGUGAAUCACAAUAAAUAAUCUUUAAAAGGUGAAUUGUCAUCUUUUCAAUAUUAAACACAUAUGCUUUAUUUUUAUUUUCUUGUAAAAAAGCGACCAAUUAAAAGAUUUUUGUGUAUGGGUGAAUAGUCAGUAAGUGUAUAUUUCCAGUGAUAGGUACUAAAGGAAAUCCAAACAACUCAUCCAUGAUUCCUAUUAGUGUUUUUAUAUUGAUACCUAUCCCAGAAAAUGGAAAAUAUAGUUUGGCAUGCUAUUUUGGGCGACUAAGCUACUAUAUUUCUGACCUUUUCACAUCACUGACUGAAUUUGAGUCAGCUCCGUCACGUAAGGUCUGCACAAUUUUUAGAUUUUUUGUUACAAUUUAGUUAAUACAUCACACUCCCUACAUUACAUGCCAUGAACAUAAAGUAAUGUACUGUACUUCUAUGAAAGCGUAAUGAAAUCACGGUCAACAGUUUUUUGUUUGUUAUCUUUUAUGUAUAGAAAACCAUGCCACAGCAUAAAAUUGCGAAUUUCACGAAAAAAAAAAAAAUCUUUCCAUUCAUGUUCAUGAGCACAUGCCAUUGAGAUUGAAAAAAGUUUGAUAAAUUAAUCAAAGGGUGGUAUUUUAAUCUCAAUUUGUGAAUUGAAAUCUUAUCAGUCUUUUAAGUCUUUACCACAUUUUUAAAGAUUAGAUACGAGCUGACACAGUGUGAUGGAGAUGAUAGGGAGUUGCACAUCAGUGUGAUGGAGAUGAUGAAGUUGGCAGGUCAUGUGACGGGACUUAUUUUUCCAUUGAAGAUUCAAUGAGGAUAUCUAUUUUGACUUCUACUUCCUUAUCUUUUCAACAAUUUUUGUUCCAUCUUAUGGCGUUAGGCUUUUGUAGCAUCUUCACAUUUAUGAUCAUCGCUUUGUGUGAAUUUAUGCAAUUAUGCAAUCAUGUACAUGUAUGAUUAUUGCAUCGUGUGAAUUUAUGCAAUCAUGAAUUAAUUGCUCUAAUAAUUUUAUAGUUUCAUUUUGUGAUUACCUUCUUUUUGCUUCAUUUUAAUAAAUAAAUAAAUAAAGUACUUUUCAUUUCAUGAUAAAUCAAA